AUGUACCCUGUCCCAGACAAGCAUUGUCCCGGCUCGCCUGAAUCGCCAUCUGCGCGUACCAGACUUCGACUCGGAUGCAGCCCAAUCUCUUGGACUCUAGAGUUUAUCGCCAGCCAUUGCCAAAGUCGUAUUAUCGAUCCCGCCGAAAGUCGCUUUGCUCCAAAGUACCAUACCACGGCACCUGCCAUUGCAUUAAUACGACCCCCCGCACAGCCAUGGUUAUGCACCGACCAGGCGGCACAGUCGGAUGUGGCCAAUGCCAUUGCAGACGAGGCCACGAUUCCGCACACCUACAUGCGCAAAUCUCACCCACUGAUUUCGACGACUCUCUCUGGUUGCCGCAAUCGUCACUAUCCCGACCCAUGCUUCACUGCUGCGCAUCCCUCGGGAGCCCACGCCUAUGCCUCCCAUUCGCUCUUUCCUCACCCCUUGGUCCUGGCUUACCCGGUCAGCACGAUCCAAGCGACGGUCCUCGUUGUCUUCGCACGUACUCCACAUCAUCAACGACCAGUUGAGCAAGAGACCCCUAUUUACUACAGAUUCAGAUUCUACCUCAGACACAACCAAUGA